AUGCCCAGCUACAAGCUUACCUACUUCGACAUCCGUGGCCUUGCUGAGAACGCACGCAUCUUCCUCGCGGUUGCACAGCAGCCUUACGAAGAUGUGCGUCUCUCCUUGACAUUCGGAACGCCCGGAGACUUCAGCACCAUGCAGCGGCCAGAGUUCGAUGCGAUGAAGGCCAAGGGUGAGCUCGACAUCUCUCUUGGCAAAGUGCCACUGCUGGAGGUGGACGGCGUGAAGAUCGGCCAGUCCAAGGCCAUCGAGCGCUACCUUGCCAAGGAGCUUGGCUUGGCCGGCUCCAGCCCCGUCGAGGCUGCGCAG